UGAGAUAUAUUGGAAACACCUCCUAUAUAUACCAGGUGAUACUAGUGGGAUCAUUAUAGUCCCAGGAAAUGACUUUUCAGCUGAGAAGGCUCUUAACUAAUGCGAAUCAUUCGUAAAUUGACUUGCAUACCAAAUGUGUGGUGGAUGUAGAUGCAAACAAGGUUAUUCUCAAUCCUGUAAAUACCAAUCUUUCCAAAGGAGAUGCCCGUGAAUUCCAAACAAGCGUUGCAGUGAAAAUUGUUUUACUGUACCUCCAAGUCUGAGAGACUGUGGAUCAGUGAGCUAUGCCUGUUCAGAGGUGCUGCUUUAAACAACAGAACUGAAACCUGAAAGGGAAAGAAGUUCUUAGUAUAAAUUGUACUGAGAAUCCCUUGAAGCCAGCCAAAGGUAUUUGCAUAUGAUCAUUGUUUCUGGUCUAUGGAUGAAUCUGUCAGAGAAAAGUAUGCAGGUCAAGAUGAUGUUUUCAAGUGCCUUGGGGAGAAUAUCCUUCAGAAUGCUUUUGAUGGCUACAAUGCAUGUAUCUUUGCCUAUGGACAGACUGGAUCUGGAAAAUCUUACACCAUGAUGGGCACAGCUGACCAACCUGGAUUAAUCCCAAGACUUUGCAGUGGACUCUUUGAACGAACCCAGAAAGAGGAAAACGAAGAGCAGAGUUUUAAAGUAGAAGUGUCCUAUAUGGAAAUUUACAAUGAAAAAGUUAGAGACCUUCUUGAUCCCAAAGGAAGCCGUCAAACGUUAAAAGUCAGAGAGCACAGUGUGUUGGGACCCUAUGUGGAUGGACUUUCUAAACUGGCUGUCACAGGCUACAAGGAUAUUGAAUCUUUGAUGUCGGAAGGUAACAAAUCUCGUACAGUUGCUGCAACCAACAUGAAUGAGGAGAGCAGCCGAUCACAUGCAGUCUUCAAAAUCACCCUCACACACACUUUAUAUGAUGUGAAGUCCGGGACAUCUGGAGAGAAAGUGGGCAAGCUGAGCUUGGUUGAUUUAGCCGGCAGCGAGCGAGCGACGAAAACGGGAGCGGCAGGUGACAGGCUGAAGGAGGGCAGCAACAUCAACAAGUCCCUCACAACCCUCGGUCUGGUUAUCUCAGCCCUAGCAGAUCAGGGUGCUGGCAAAAACAAGAAUAAAUUUGUUCCAUAUCGUGACUCAGUUCUCACUUGGCUGCUCAAAGACAGUCUUGGGGGUAACAGCAAGACAGCCAUGGUAGCUACUGUGAGUCCGGCCGCUGACAACUAUGACGAAACCCUUUCAACCCUGCGGUAUGCAGAUCGUGCCAAGAACAUCGUGAACCACGCUGUGGUGAACGAGGAUCCCAAUGCACGGAUUAUCCGGGACCUCCGAGAAGAAGUAGAAAAACUCCGAGAGCAGCUAACCAAAGCAGAGGCAAUGAAAUCUCCAGAGCUGAAAGACCGGCUGGAAGAAUCAGAGAAGCUAAUCCAGGAAAUGACUGUGACCUGGGAGGAGAAAUUAAGGAAAACCGAGGAGAUUGCCCAGGAGCGGCAGAAACAGCUUGAGAGUCUUGGAAUAUCUCUUCAAUCUUCUGGAAUUAAAGUUGGGGAUGAUAAAUGUUUCCUCGUUAAUCUCAACGCUGAUCCUGCUCUGAAUGAACUUCUGGUUUACUACUUAAAGGAACAUACACUGAUAGGUUCAGCAAAUUCCCAAGAUAUCCAACUAUGUGGAAUGGGAAUUCUUCCUGAACAUUGUAUCAUAGACAUCACAUCAGAAGGCCAGGUUAUGCUGACUCCUCAAAAGAACACCAGAACAUUUGUAAAUGGCUCCUCUGUAUCCAGUCCUAUUCAGCUACACCAUGGGGACAGGAUCUUAUGGGGGAACAACCACUUCUUCAGACUUAAUUUGCCUAAAAAGAAAAAGAAAGCAGGUGGAGAAGAUGAGGAACAAGACACGUCCAUGAAGAAUGACACCAGUUCUGAGCAGCUGGAUGUGGAUGGAGACUCAUCCAGUGAGGUGUCCAGUGAAAUCAACUUCAAUUACGAGUACGCGCAGAUGGAGGUAACCAUGAAGGCUCUGGGCAGUAACGAUCCCAUGCAGUCAAUACUGAACAGCCUAGAACAACAGCACGAAGAGGAGAAACGGUCUGCAUUGGAGCGCCAGAGGCUCAUGUACGAACAUGAACUGGAGCAGCUCCGGAGACGGCUGUCUCCUGAGAAACAGAACUGUCGUAGUUCAGACAAGUUUUCCUUCCACUCACCCAGCGCUCAGCAGCGAUUGAGGCAGUGGGCGGAAGAGAGAGAAGCAACACUGAAUAACAGCCUGAUGAGGCUGAGGGAACAAAUCGUUAAGGCCAAUCUGUUGGUGAGAGAAGCUAGUUACAUUGCGGAAGAACUGGAUAAACGAACAGAGUAUAAAGUAACCCUACAGAUUCCAGCUUCCAGCCUCGAUGCCAACAGGAAGCGAGGCUCUCUCCUUAGUGAACCUGCCAUCCAGGUGAGAAGAAAAGGAAAAGGGAAGCAGAUUUGGUCUUUGGAAAAACUGGACAACAGGUUAUUGGAUAUGAGAGAUCUUUAUCAGGAGUGGAAGGAGUGUGAAGAAGAUACCCCAGUGAUACGGUCUUACUUCAAGCGUGCAGAUCCAUUCUAUGAUGAGCAGGAAAAUCAUAGUCUCAUUGGGGUGGCUAAUGUCUUCCUGGAGUCCCUCUUCUAUGACGUGAAGUUACAAUAUGCUGUUCCAAUCAUCAACCAGAAAGGAGAGGUGGCAGGCCGGCUGCACGUAGAGGUGAUGCGCAUUAGUGGUGACAUCGGGGAGAGAAUUGCGGGAGGUGAUGAUGCUGCAGAUGCGUCCUUUGAUAAGGAGACCCAGGAGAACAAACUCGUGUGCAUGGUUAAAAUACUUCAAGCCACCGGCUUGCCACAGCAUCUGUCCCACUUUGUAUUCUGCAAAUACAACUUCUGGGAUCAACAGGAGCCGGUAAUUGUUGCACCCGAGGUGGAUACCUCAUCCUCUCCUGUCAGCAAGGAACCUCAGUGCAUGGUUGUCUUUGAUCAGUGCAAUGAAUUUUCUGUUGGCAUCACUGAAGACUUUAUCGAGCACCUUUCAGAAGGGGCUUUGGCAAUUGAAGUCUAUGGCCAUAAGAUGAAUGAUCCUCGGAAAAACCCAACCCUGUGGGAUUUGGGGAUUAUCCAAGCAAAAACACGCAGUCUUCGGGACAGAUGGAGCGAAGUCACCAGGAAAGUGGAAUUCUGGGUUCAAAUCUUGGAACAGAAUGAGAAUGGUGAAUACUGCCCUGUAGAGGUAAUUCCUGCAAAGGACGUGCCAACAGGUGGAAUCUUCCAACUCCGGCAGGGGCAGUCCCGGCGAGUCCAAGUGGAAGUGAAGUCUGUGCAGGAGUCUGGGACUUUACCGCUGAUGGAAGAAUGUAUACUGUCUGUUGGCAUUGGAUGUGUAAAAGUCAGGGCGCCGAGAUCAGCCAAGACGCAUGAAACCAUCCAUGAGGAAGAGGAGGACAUGGACAGUUACCAGGAUCGGGAUUUAGAGAGACUACGUAGAAAAUGGCUAAAUGUGUUAACAAAGCGUCAGGAGUACUUAGAUCAACAACUGCAAAAGCUUGUCAGUAAACAUGAUAAAACAGAGGAUGAUGCUGACCGUGAAGCUCAACUACUAGAGAUGAGGUUGACUCUGACUGAGGAGAGGAACGCGGUCAUGGUCCCCUCAGCCGGCAGUGGGAUCCCAGGGGCCCCGGCAGAAUGGACGCCGGUUCCUGGGAUGGAAACACACAUUCCCGUUAUAUUCCUUGACUUAAAUGCUGAUGAUUUCAGCUCUCAGGAUAAUCUUGAUGACCCAGAAGCUGGUGGAUGGGAUGCUACCCUGACUGGAGAAGAAGAGGACGAGUUCUUUGAACUGCAGAUUGUCAAACAGCAUGAUGGAGAGGUGAAAGCGGAAGCCUCCUGGGACUCCGCAGUGCACAACUGCCCUCAGCUGAGUAAAGGCACGCCCGCGGAUGAGCGAGUGUUUCUCAUCGUGCGGGUGACGGUCCAGCUCAGCCAUCCGGCCGACAUGCAGUUGGUAUUACGCAAGCGCAUUUGUGUCAGUGUUCACGGCCGGCAGGGUUUUGCUCAGAGUCUCCUAAAAAAGAUGUCACAUCGAAGUUCUAUUCCAGGCUGUGGAGUGACCUUUGAAAUUGUCUCCAAUAUUCCAGAGGAUGCCCAGGGAGUAGAGGAACGAGAAGCAUUAGCAAGAAUGGCAGCUAAUGUUGAAAACACGGCUUCUGCUGACUCGGAGGCAUAUAUUGAGAAAUACCUCAGGAGCGUGCUGGCAGUGGAGAACCUUCUCACGUUAGAUCGACUUCGCCAGGAAGUUGCAGUGAAGGAACAGUUGACAGGAAAAGGGAAGCUGAAUUGGAGGAGUAUUAGCUCUCCAAAUGUGAACAGACUGUCUGGCAGCCGACAGGAUCUUAUUCCAUCCUACAGUCUAGGUAGCAACAAGACUUCCUUCAUUCUGCAGUUUUCAGAGAUCCAGGGAGAGGGCCGGUGGGAAAGUCAACAGGAUGUAUCGCAAACUGCUGUUUCUAGAGCAACCACUCUGGCUGCCCCAUCUCCCCCUGGUUGUCCCCAAAAUAACCAUUCUCCUGAUGCAGGACUCAGUAACCUAGCAGCCUCCUACUUGAGUCCAGUAAGAUCCUUCGUGCCGCAGAUGCCGAAGCUGCUGAAGUCUCUCUUCCCCGUCCGCGACGAGAAAAGGGGCAAACAGCCAUCUCCCCUCACACAUCAGCCCGUGCCUCGAAUCAUGGUGCAGUCAGCCCUCCCAGAUGCCGGGACGCCCGGGAUAGUGGAGGCUCAGCGAGAGAGCGCGGGGCUGCGCGUGGCCUCCGACGUGCCCGUGGCCUUGCCGGCCGCCCCCUCGCCCAAGACCUACGACGGGCCCCCGAGGCCCGCGCCCACCUCCCCGGCCCCCGAGGGCGCGGAUGGGCCGCCCAGCCCCCUGAGCGAGGCGUCCAGCGGCUACUUCUCGCACAGUGUCUCCACUGCCACCCUGUCGGACGCCUGCGGCCCCGGCCUGGAUACCGCGGCGUUGCCCUCUCCUGGUCCCGGCCCGGCCACCCCUGAGCCCGAGCCCCCGGCCGCGCCCGUCACGUCCCGCGCCCCUCCCGGCCCGGCGGAGCGAAUGGCGCAGGGAGACGGCGCGGCUGCGGCCCCUGUCGGGGCUGCAGCGGUGAAGCGGGACGAGGCGGCAGGCCCCCCCGCGCCUGACCGGCGGGGCAGGAGUGACCCUGCCGCUGCCCCCCAGAAGCCGGAGAGCCCCCAGCCCCAGGCGAAGCCGGCCGCUGGCCCAGGGCCCGACGUCUCCAGGCCGCCGGCGCCUGCUGACCCUCGGUGCCAGCCGCCUGCUCCGGCCCCUUCCUUCAGGAUCCAGAAGGUGCGGACCUCGGAGCUGAAGUCAUUCACACGCAUGCUUGGCGGGGACCCCGGCGGCCCCUCGGGGAGCGAGGAGGACCCGCUGGCCUCAGGGGGCCCGGGCGACGGCAGUGCUGGGGCAGAGGCCCCGGGAAAGCUGGAAGUCUCCUCGGAUUCUGAAGAAGCCAGUGAGGUCCCAGAGUGGCUCAGAGAGGGAGAAUAUGUGACCGUGGGCACCACCAAGACGGGCAUCGUGAGAUACGUGGGGCCCACUGACUUCCAGGAGGGCACGUGGGUCGGAGUGGAGCUAGACUUACCUUCAGGUAAGAACGAUGGCUCCAUCGGCGGGAAGCAGUACUUCAAGUGCAACCCCGGCUACGGGCUGCUGGUGAGGCCGGGCCGCGUGCGCAGGGCGGCGUGCGCGGGGCGGCGGCGCAGCGCGGGGCUCCGGCCGCAAGGCGCCCCCGAGACCCGUAGGAGCGGCGCGCUCUCUGGCUCUGCCACCAACCUGGCCUCGCUGACGGCGGCGCUGGCCAAGGCCGAGGGCGCGGCGGGGCGGGCCGAGCGCGCCCCCGGGAACCCGGAGAACCGCAAGUCCUGGGCCAGCUAAGCGGCGGGGUGGCCGCCUCCCGUCCUUCCUGGGCGACGGACAGAGGGCGCGGGGCCCCUCCGAGCCUUUGCGGGGACAGUCCCGGGCAGGCCCUCUAGCCCCUCUCCGUGGGGACAGGCCGGGAAUGCUUUCUGCACGUCGCGGGGCUGGUGACCUCUCCCUGUUUCUCCCUCUCCCCAGAGAGUGAGGCUGCGUCGCAGCUGGGCCGAGGGUGGAUGGUUCUAGGAGCCCAGCGUGGUCCCAGAUUGUGGAGAGCAGGGUUCCGCCGUCUUCCUGGGCCUGGGGCCGCUGCGACUGCGGCCAAUGUUGCUCUUUUUUCUGUGGUGACGCCGUUAACCUCUUAAUUUAAAGCAUAACCGUUACUCGUGCCUUUCCCUCGCGUGGAGGCGGCGCCCCGCACCCCCGUAGCCCCCAGCACCUCUCCCCACCUCAGGUGCCUGGGGCCCUGGGCCUGCCCCCUCCCGCCUUUCCCUCUUCCUUUCCACGGGGUUUCUUAGAGGUUUCUUUGUGGGUGUUUUAGGGUCUUUAUACCCAGAAAGUUUUUUCUCUUUGCCAUUUAUUCCCUUAACAGAGUUCUUGGCAUAUAUUUAUUAUAUUUAUUUUUUCAAAAUCCGAAAUUGUUCGCGAGCCACAAUCAUUCUCCCGAUGUGAGUGCCCAGGGCCUGCCUUACGCUGCCCGCCUCUGCAGCCACUUGGGAGCUGCCAGCCUCCUGCCUCUGGCGGGGGUUCCCGGAGGACGCUGCCCCUCCUUGUGUCCUUUAUCGCAGAUACACAAGUGGCCUUACUCUAAGCUGACAGUGAAAACCUGGAGACUUUUGUUGUGCUUCUGUGGCCAAUGACAAAGUCGGUCAGAGGCAUCGUGGCCUUGGUGCGGUUUUGGUCCUGGGAGGGUCCUUAGACCAGCUUAGCUCCGUGGCGGUUUUGUGCCUUGACGCCCGCCCAGCCUGGGGCUGCAGCCCGGUAGGCGGAGGGAGAGCUGCCCACCCCGCUGCCGGCGGGGUUUAUCCCUGGGAGCCUCGCAGAGCCACGGGCGAGGCUGGCCCGGAUGGUGCUGGGGACGGUGUGAAUCAUCCCAGAGCAUCGCCUGGCCCCGCUGGGACAGCCCUGGUCCAGAGCCCUUUC